AUCCACGGCCUAUGGGAGCCAAUACACUUGGAAAGCUUGUUAAACAUGCAGCAGAAUACUGUGGAAUAAACAACAAACGACUCACCAAUCAUUCUGUUACGCAAAUUUGUGUGUCCACUCUCUCUAAGUCAGGGAUCCCUCCAAAUAAAAUUAUGCAGGUGACAGGACACAAAAAUAUCUCUUCAAUUGCAGCUUACGAUACUGCACUGUCAUUUGAGGAACAAACGAGCAUCUCCACGAUUCUCAACCAGGGUGGAUCUUUUCCUGCACAUGAUAAAAAAAUCGGCGGUGGGAAUCCUGUCAGUUCGACUUCUCUUGAAAUGAAAGUUCCUCCAGCUACGCAGACUGCUCAAGCUCAAAUCUCAGCAGCUGAGCAUGCUAUUUCAACUGCACAGGACUUACAGUCAAGCUUAUUUAAAGGCGCUAUAAUCCAAACACUAAAUCUGAACAUUCAGAUAAAGUAAACGUGUUCACGACGCUCUA